UAUCGUCAUACGUGAUAGGUCUUUGAGCGCAAUCGCAGAUGCGGAAAGUACAGCGCGAGCGCGAUGCACCUUCAAUUCGAGCUUUCAGUCCUCCCCUAAGAGAAGUUACUCUUCAGUACUUCGGAUGCUACCGGAGCGCAUCGCCGGGAAGAUCGUUCUUAAAUCGAUUUCUUUUUUUUUGAAACGACAGAAUAUAGAUCAUUUCUUUGGUCGAUACCAUCUCGAAUCGAUAUUUCUCACGAAACGUUUAAACUCGUAAUUUUUUCUUUAAUCUCACGCGCGAUCCUAUUACGGUUAAUGAUACGGACUUCGCAGGAUCGUACGAUCAUUCCUCGAUCGGUGAAAGUUGAGUUGGCGUCAGUCGCUUAUAUCGUCGCGGUGAAAUGUGCAAAAAAAAGAAAUAUCUGUCGACGUUCGUCCUAAGUUCGAAGAGAUUUUGUUUCGAGAAGAGAAACGGGUGAUCCAUUAAAGUAUUAUUGUACACUUCGCGAUAGAAGAGGGAGAGUAAUUUUCAUUCGAAACGAUGCAAAGGAUAAUUUAAAAAUGCCGUGCAUUCGAGAAAGCUCGGAGAUCUAUGAGCAAAGAUGAACGAUAGUCGAGUAUAAAAAAAAAAUGGCACCAUUCCACGGCAUGGUCCUACUGUUGCUAGGAAUCGGUUACCUGUUACACGCGGAACCAUCUCUCGGUCAUCGCGACAUAGCACAUACAGGGAUAAUCGCGGACGACGUUAGAUCGAGACGAAGAGGAGAUCACGGAUACUCAGCUGCCCUCGUACAUUUUUACGACGAACCUCUUGAAAACGAGAUGCGCAAGCAUUAUCGUACAAAAAGGCACACAUAUUUUUCCGAUGAUCUUCCUCAGAACGUGACGGUUGCCGUCGGUCAAUCCGCCGUGUUGUCGUGCCGAGUAGAGAAUUUAGAGAACAGGACCGUAUCUUGGAUGCGAAAGAAGGACGUAAGGAUCCUAACGUCCAUGGAGACGACUUAUACGGCCGACAAGAGAUUCGCUAUAAUCGGUAAAUCGCCAAAUUGGGACCUGCGAAUAGAUACCGUGCAACCCGAGGACGCUGGUAUUUACGAGUGUCAAGUUAAUACAGAGCCGAAGAUGGACAGAGCGGUCAAUUUGAAGGUCUUGGACGUACAAGCAAAGAUCCUUGGCUCCGAAGAGGUAUACGUGAAGAAGGGAAGUAAAAUCAGUUUGACCUGUACCGUCGACAUGCAGGACGUCCCACCGAGUAACGUGACUUGGUAUCACGCGGGUUCGGUCAUCGACUUUGAUAGUCCAAGGGGUGGCGUUUCUUUGGAAACCGAAAAGGGCAAGAGCUUUACCAAAAGCAUGCUGGUAAUAACGCGCGCGUUGCUCAACGACAGCGGCAAUUACACGUGCUUCUCAAAUAAGGCUGCUCCAGCUAGCGUGGUGGUUCACGUGUUGAACGGAGAACAUCCCGCGGCGAUGCAACACGGAGGCAGCGACAGUGUCAACAGAAGGAUAGUCUUAUUCCUCGCUAUCGUACUACCGAUCGUUAUAUUUCGGUGAGCGAUGCUUCCAGUGAUCUUCUAUAUAUCGAACGAACGAGGCGUGUUCCUGUAAUAUACGUAUACCUAAGAGGAUGGUGCGCGGAUGGAACUGUGAUCGCGAACUUCGAUGUGUACCUAAUAUGUAAAAAAUUCACUUUUCUAUCGACUUAGAAAAUUCCAUGUAAUCCACUCCACCGACCAUUGCCAUAUAGGAACACGCGCGAAUACCCAGCUGACACACGUACACGAAUACACACCCUCGAACACGACGCGUAUCGCAGCGUCCUAUACGAUCUUCGUGUUGCUCGUCGUUGAGUCGAAACUCAUCGCUGUAGAUUAACGUCGAUCUAUAUCAUUGCAUGUCGAUCCUGGAAUGUAUCAUUGCUACGGCCUAAUAAAUUUCUCUGAAGUCAUAAUAUUAAAAUACAUUUUCGAAAGUCGUCGAAUCGAGAAGGAAAGUGCCAUCGCGUCUCUUUGGAGAGUUCAACGAUCUCGCGAGUCUCUCGAAACUCGAACUCGAAUUUGCAAGUUCGUCUUAUAGUCACCUAAUUACAAGGGCCUUUCCUUCUGCCGAUAAUAGCAUUAUCGUCGACGAAUCGGGGUCACGUUCCCAAUAAUGAAAGGGGAAAGGACAGGCUCGGGGUCGGAAUAUGCGUUCGUUUUCUCCCACCCUCUCCUUUCUCUCGAUCUUCGUUUGCCCGGCUCCCUCCUUCGGCCUCUUCCUGCGACCACACACGUCCCACCAGGGCCGGUACGGAUGCUGGCCUCAUUUUAUGCAAAUCACACAGAAGCAUCUGUUAGAUGCUCACCACGAAACGGAAACUCAGACACAUCGGCUAUGUAAAUUCAUGAGAUUCUCCUUGUUCCUUGCGCGAGAGACUCGUCGGAGACUUUCCCCUCUACCGGUCAAACUUUGAGCACUCUCUGCGCAAAGUAUUCUUUUAAUUUAACGUCAACGAUGUUUCGUACCGUUUAUAUAGAAAUGACAUUUUUCCUAUCGCGUUACACCCUUAGGUGCAAUACCUUUUUUUAUAGAAAAUCCUCUUUGACGAAGUUUCCUCGAAUUUCUUAAGCGUUGCUAGAUGGCUUAUCGUCACUUAUCGACGCUUACUGCAGUUUCCUCUUUAGUUAAUGACAUGUUGACCCAGCGCUAAUGGAUCCCGUGCGAUCUGCCUAUAAUUAGCGGAACACCAAAGACAUGCGGUCACGUUGCGUUCUCUAUGAGCGAGUUGACCGUGUAAGCUAGAUGAUCGAUAGUGUAUCAACGUCAUUGUACGACGCUUAAAAAUAUUCCCCAUGGAAAAACGCUUAAUACUUUGGCCUUUGGCUCUCGACGUGCUUUCGCCUAACCGUUGAUGCAUAAUUCAUAUCUGCUCUUUCUGUACUCCGGUAAUCAUUAGACCGUGCAGUUUUAAGGAAUGCAAAAACCGCCCACACUCUCUUACACCCUCGCCUUUAUCAUGGGGAACAUUUUUAUGCGAAAGUUCAAAAAAGCAAAGCACUCGUUCCUUUUUCUUUUUUCUGCGAUCUCUCUUUACGUUCGUUAUAAAAAGUUUUGACAAACGGAGAGACAGAGAGAGAGAGAGAGAGAGAGAGAGAGAGAAAACACGAAAGAGGACGCAGGAUGGAAUCACGUAUGGGGUAAGGAAAAUCCGGUUGAAUUAUACAAGGAAUGCACUAUACACGCAAAUGUCUCCUUUAUUGAGGAGUUUCGCGCGUGAAGCCUCAACGGAGAUUCGGAAGGACACGAGGCGGAAAAGGUCCGUGAAUGUAAUAAAAGUGUGUACGUGAAUAAAAUGGCACGAGUCGAAUAAGUAUGAAACGUUUUCGACAAAACUUGAAAAUCAUGGUUACCGUGCAUUUGCGCGAGCUCCGACGGUCCGAUAUUUUUUCGCUUUUUUCCUCGACUACGCGUUCUCUUCUAUUUAUUUUUAUAUGUAAACACGAAUAUAAUACUCUAACCCAAUAGCGUUUCGCAAAAAAUGCUCGAUACAUUCUCUCGAAGCUUUUAUACUUCGUAUAAUAAAUCCGACAAUGCAAGAAGGCAAUAAGUGAGAGAGAAAAAGAGAUAGAGAGAAAAGUAUUUUUAUUCUCGACGUUACGUGAUUGCAAUUCAGUCUAUUUCGCAGAUAAAUUAAACUAUAACCUCGUC